AUGCUUCAUGCCAAACAGCCAGGUCUAUCACCACCAGAUCAAGAUCCUGUCAUGGCCAGCCCAAUCUCCAGACCUGAACCCAUUGAAAGCCUCUGGAAUAUGAUGAAGAGGAAGAUGAAUGGUCACAAGCCAACAAACAAAGCUGAGCUGCUUGAGUCAGCGCUACAGAAUUUUGCGGCUCUAUAUAAACAAAGAGUCACCCAACAGCAAUAUGAAAGACUGGUGCAGAGCAAGCCAAGACGCAUGAAAGCUAUGCCCCGUGAUGAAACAGUGUGCAAGUACUGUGGCAUCAGCUAUCUGAUACUUCAUGAAUUUAAGAAUUUAGAAGAUAAAAUAAAGGCAAUGGAGAAAGAGAUGAAGUUUUACCAAGGUAGUGUUGAACGAGAGAAAAUGCUUCAGGACGAACUCAAACGACUUAACCAACAAUAUGAACAAAGCAGGACUGACAGUGAGUCCAAAGCAGAAAGGCUGCAAGUUGUAAUGUUGCAAUUAAAGUUGAAAGAAGAUGAGGUGCAACAACUGACAAAGGAACGUACCUACUUUCAACAACAAGUCAAAGUUGCAAAACAUGAACAGCAUAUGUUGGGGUGCAUAAUCCUGCACCUUCAGUAA